CACAAUACCUGGUUCAGGGACUGAAUCCAUUAGUGUAUUUAAUAGUGUAAGCAGUGAAGCAAAGGAUCAUGAGGCUGAUGAUGAUAAAGAUCCUAAGUCAACUGAUAGCAGUUCAAAACAGCGUAGGAAGUCAUCUGAAAAAGCAGAAAAGUCCGACAUAUCAGAAAAAAUUGAAUAUCAGGAUGAAUCAGUCGCAAAAACAAAUAGGCAGAAGGAAAAUAACAAUAUUAAACGUACAUUUGUGUUGGAAUGGAAUUUAUACGAGGACUUGAAACAAAUAGUUACAGAGUGGACCAUUGAUGAUACGAGCAUAAGUGAAGCAUUUUUUCGUUUCAAAAGUUUUGCUGAAUCAAAAGCAAAUAGACAUGAAUUGAAAUUCUCCGAGCACCCCGGCGAAAUUCUUGCUCUAAAUUCUAUACUACUUUUGGAGGAAAACUCUGUCCGUGUACAAUUAAAUAUUUCAUCAGCCAUCCGCACAAAGAUUUUUGAGCAAAUGAGGGCGAUAUACCCGAAAUACGAUUUGCCGAAAGUGGUUGAAGAUAUAUGUCAUCGAUGUGCACAAGUUGCCCGAAAGCAGACCAGGGAGGCUCUAGAAGAAGAAAUCGACAACGCUUAUAAUGAUUUAAGGACGAACUCGAGUCCAUCCGAUAAAAAAUUGCUGAGAAUCAGUCAGAAUGUUUGGAAUCACAUUGCAGAGAAUUGGCGAACAAGUUUUGAUAGUCUUCAAACAAUAGAAGAUACCCACGGCAAACAAGUUGUCGUUCUCAAUAAAAUAAGUGGCAAAUUUGAAGUUGUAUUUGGCCUAUUCAAAUCGCCUUACAAAAGUAGCUCUCAUUUCGCGAAUGUUGAUUUAGUGGAUUUAGGAGUAUUUAUGAAAGACUCACUAGAUAACAUGUAUAAAGAGAAAUGUCUUGAAUUAGACAUGGCUGUAUUUGGAAUCCAUGCAUUUGGUUAUAAUGUCCGUAUAUAUGCUAUGGACCUUUCUUAUGAUGCUGUAUACAGAAUGUAUUUGAUAGGAGAGUUUGAAAUGCCAAAAAGUAAUAUUAGCCUGUGUUUGGUUGAAAAUGCGUUACAUGAAGUAGAAAAUCUGAAGAAUUUCGUAGAAGAAUAUAUUGAAAGGCUUCCGUCCUAUACCACUUAUAAUGAAAACACUAUAAAAACCCCAACCGAAAAGAUGAGAAUGACAAGGAAAACGGUAGCAACUCCUCGCAAG